CCAAAUUCCCACCUUGAAAGUCUCAAAUACCAGAUUCUCGCCAGGUCCCAACACUUCAACACACAGUAAGCCGCGACAACGACACUCGCACAUGAUUUAUUUCUUGGUCUCAAUGCGCAGCACUGCCUGCACCUCGCCAAGCGCAGCGGUUUCUGCCUGCUGGCAGCCUGUCACCCCGCCAAUCGCGCAUCCGAGUCCGACGGAUACUUGCGUAUCUCGAGCAUUAGGUGACUCCCCAUGCAGCCCAUUGCCGGUUGAGGCUGAGAUAACCUCCCUGAGCUAUGUAACGUGUUAAGCUAUCGCGCCGACCACAGUUGACGCUAUUAAUAGACCUCUCCGCCACGACGGUCUAUCUGUCCAUCGGGCUGGAACCGCGACGGGACGGAUGUUUCCGGAACCGCUACGAGGCAAACGAAGGGAAAAAUGGUCAGUGGUCGCAGAGUGUCACGAGGAUGUCAAUUUUUGGUUGUUUCUGAUGUUGAUUGUGUUCUGU